GACAAUGACGCGCUUUUCGACUUUCCAACUGCCUAAAAAAUUCUCGCAGCGUUGAAAAUAUGAUGAAGACUUCCACUGCUUCCAGGACUUUUGCGCUUGCCAGAUCCUGCAGGGCGGUAACAUCUUCACACCGCGGCGCUGCUCCGCUAAUACUACGUUUUCCGUCACUGAUCGCGUGGCAGUUCAUCUUGUUCUUUUGCGCAAUCGAUUAUACGUGGAUUUUUUUUGAAGAACCAGGACGACACGCAGCGGUUGAAAGUUUUUCUCCACCGUUAGAAGAACAAAGAAGCAACAGCAAUAAACUUUUUGCCGUUGCAGAGAAGCAAGGACAUCAACAGCAGCAACAGUCCUCUGCAGCUUUGCAGGACGAAGAAGAGGCGGCUGGUGAAAUAAACACGGUGAACAAGAAGAACAGUGCCGCACAAUUUUUGGAACCAGGAGCAGAGGAUGGAGAAGGACAGCUGGCGCAGAAUUUUGGUCGUGUGUUGGGGCAAAAACAAAAAUCUGGGCCACCGCUUCCUAAAACAAAUCAGAAGACGCAAGGAGAAAAAUUCCAAUGGUUCGAGAACAAGAACGACGUUGUCUCUAGUACUACAAAUUCCAAAAGCCUUUACCCGGUCCAGUAUGACCAAACGCCAGAACAUCAAGCUUCCGCUGGGGCGACACGUGUGGCGAAAAAUAGCCGAGGCGGUGCCUCCUCCGCAAGUACUUCUAAAGCGCACAGCGGUGUUGUUCACAGCGCCCCGACGAGCGACGCAACCACCAGCAGCAGUAGAGCAAGACCUACUGCACCCAUUCACCUCCCCACUCCGCACCCACAGUUGCAGCAAGGGAAGAAUUUAGUAAAUGCUGACGUAGUGGCCGCACCCCCGCAACUCGCAGGUGGAAACGACCUCACUAGACCAGGAUUAGGAGCCGCGGAACUACUUCCUGCUUCUACAGAAGGUCGCACAACAUCAAGUAGCAGUGCCUCAGAUCAUCAUGUUUUGCGGGUAGUUCCAAACGACUUUACUGGCGGCCGCCAUUCUGCAGCUUUUGCUGGAGCGCCACAAGGUAGUGGUCCGCCGGGCAACUCUGCGGGUCCUGGAGGCCCCUUCUCGGAAGAUGUUGCGGGAGGUGGUGGUGGUAGUCCUCCGGGUUCGUUUUCACCGGAUCAAUUGCACGAUCGUCCCAGCAUCGUGCUGUCAGACGAUAGCGGCGCAAAGAAGGACUUCUACACGUCGGCGGGAAAAAAUAAGUUGCAGAGUGACCACGCCUAGAGAUUGUAAAAGUGUCUGGGUCUGGAAGGUUGGAACUUGUAAUGCUAGCUUUCCAUACCGAGAAAAUCUGUAUUGCAUAACCAACAAAAGUCGCAGCCUCUUUUGUGAUGCAAAAACGCAGCUUCUCAUGCGGAUUGCCUAUGCGAGAGCGUUUUGGAAAGUUGUAAUGCCGGACUGCAUUCGGAAGUGUUUUCAUCAUGCACAUUUUAGCAUCACAAACUUCCAUACCCAUACAUUUUUACAUUCGAUAAUGCCCGCGGCUCGUCACCGGGCGGAACUGACCACCCCGCUCCACCAAUCACUGGGGGAGCAGGGGGGCCAGAAAUGCUUGUUCACGACAAUCUUCUUCACCCUGCGCGGGCGUCUUUAUCUCAUCAAGUGCCGCACAACGUGCUGUUUAAAAAACACCCGCAGACCAGCAACGAACACAUCAGAGAAGCAAGGGAGGGACACGAAAUACCCCCGCCGCAGCAGGCUAAAAACGAGACCGGUAAGAAUGAAACAGGGAGCAACAACAACAAUUCCGGAAGAAGCGGGGAAUUGGGUUGCUGCAACGGGGCGUGGAUGUGGUGUUUGCUUUUCUUGGUCCUCAAGGCCGCCUGCAUUCUGUUUGUCUGCGUGUGCUGCAGCCUCGGGCCAUGGAGCACCGAGGACAUGGAUACGCACCCGUUGUUCGCAGCAAGCAAGCCAAACGUGCUAUCAAAAUCAAAAAUCCCCCCACCCCACAUCAAAACGAAGUCUGUGAUGCUGGAUUUGCGUACACAAAUCAGAUUUGUCUUGCUGGAGAGGACUGCAGGCCCAUACCAAGCCUGAGUAGGUAGGUUUUGGACUAGGCUCUUCGCAUGAGAAACGGCUGCGCUGUAGGCCCAACAGCAUCACAAACCGCCUGCAUAAUGCGGCGGAGCCUGUGGAGUUGCCUUCUUGCAAGACAGAGAUGAUUUGUGGUCGCAAAUCAGCAUUGCAAAUUUUCUGCGACGUACCUUCUCGAUAUGGGGAGGGGGGAUUUUUCCUCACAAUACGUGAACACCAGCUUGGACAUGCGGUCCGCGCCCGGGGCCCUGAACUACCGAAAGAGCGAUCGGGAUCGAGACACCGCGCAACCGGGGGUCGGGGAGUUGCAGAGCGCGGGACCCAUGAGCUCCAUGCUGGAGGGAGUCCGGGCGAAAAUGAAAGAUGACAAUUUGAACAAAUCACUUCAGCAACAACAUCCACCACAGGAAGAGCCCAUUGGCCACGCAAAGGACAAACGAACAUUGAAUGUGAAGUUUGCAACCUCACCAGGGGAUGAUAGUGUUGAAAACAGCAGAAGAACGGGUCGUCGCGCAGGGAAAAGCAAGGAUAAAAAUGACGACAGCAGCUCCGAAGCGAACUCCAUGUCAGACGGCGCGAGUAUCACCCCACCUCCUUCGCCGCAAAUCAAGGCUGCCGCGUUGAAUAAAGCAAGCGGAACUACAGUGCUGUCGGGUACAACAGUAACUACUUCUACCAAAGUCGAGGAACAACAAGAAAAAAAGGUGAAGAAGGCAAAAACCAAGGAAGAAAAAGGAGAUCAACUACUCGCGACUGGCAGCAGCAAGGAACGAACGCCAAAAGACGAGAAGGAAAGAAAAGAAUUGAAACUGCAAAAGACGCUGAAGACGCAGGAAUUCUUGGAUAAUAUUAGCGGGGGAACAACGACGAGGACCGGAAAUGCGGAUGACAGGAAAAAAGUUGAUGCAGCGGCAGCUGCGCAGGCUAUCCACAGUAAAUUUCCCGCAAAAGAAGUACAAAUGCGGUGUCUGCAUGGCAAACGGCAAUAAACCUUCAUUCCGCUCAUGAGUUGGCGAAAUUCAAAUUUGUGAUUGCAUUUUGUAGAAAAAACAAGAUUUGCGGGAAAUUAUUUGCAUUGCAUAGUGGUAAAAAACAAGAUUCCGGCAGAGAACAACACCAAACUGGAGCGAAAGCAACCCGACGAGGCACCAUUCGAUAGCGACGCGGAGGACGCUGAGGUCGAGCUGAUUGACGUAACGGGUAGAAAAUCUGAGACGGAUUUAAGCAACGAAGUGUUUGGGAAUUUCAAAGAGCAGCAAGGAAAAAAAACCGUCGCGACGGACGACUCGGAGGAGGUGUGAUGAAGGACCAAGUGAAAGUCUAGUUUAAGUUUUAGUUUACUUAGAGUGAGCACCUAUCUUUUAGAAAGGUGCAGCUUCGUGCUUUAUCGUUCAUGUUUUGAUCAUGAAUGCUGUAUUUUUACCAGUAGACGAGAUGUUGAUUGUACAGAACCGAUUGUACUACCAAACCGAAUUCUCCUCCUCCUGGUGACGAUAGAUACUGCAAAACAAGCUACUUGCUCCUAUCCAGCUUGUUUUCUAAGAACUGCAAAGACACCGAAGCCCCGCGACCUCCCGAGAGCGCGAAUAAA